CCGACCGCAGAAAAACACCGAAGAAGAAGAAGAAGAAGAAGAAGAGCGAUCCUCAGCGAUCUGCUGAAGAGUGUGAUAAACAACACUGAUCUUUUUGUGAAGGAAGAGUGUGAUGAACAACACUAAACACUGAUGUGUGUGUGUGUGUGUGUGUGUGUGUGUGUGUGUGAGAGAGAGAGAGAGCAGAAGCAGACGGAGACAUCGACAGUGCGUGAACUGAACACAUCUCGACCUGAUGGAAGAUACCAAGGUGAUUGAAGAACUGAUGGAAGCAGGGAAGAAACAUCAUGACACUUGCCCUCAGUGUGGAAAGAGUUUCUCAUGUGAACAAACUCUUAAUCUUCACAUGAAACUUCAUAGUGGAAUGGAGCUGUACGAGUGUGAUCAGUGCGAGAAGAUUUUCACACUGAAAGGAAACUUGAAUAAACACAUGAAAAUCCACACUGACGAGAAGCCAUUCACAUGUGAUCAGUGUGAGAAGAAAUUCAGAAAUAAAGCAAACCUGAAUGAACACAUGAAAAUCCACACCGGAGAGAUGCCAUACUCAUGUGAUCAGUGCGGGAAGAAGUUCAGACAUAAAGGAAACCUGAAUACACACAUGAGAAUCCACACUGGAAAAAAACCAUUCACAUGCGAUCAGUGCGGGAAGAAUUACAGAUAUAAAGGAAAUUAUAAUGAUCACAUGAAAAUCCACUCUGGAGAGAAACUACACAGAUGUGAUCAGUGCGGGAGGAGAUUUUUACAAAAAGAACACCUUCAAAAACACAUGAGGGUCCACACUGGAGAGAAGCCACACACAUGUGAUCAGUGCGGGAAGAAUUUUACACAUAAAGGAAACUAUAAGGAACACAUGAAAAUCCACUCUGGAGAGAAACCCUUCGCAUGUGAUCAGUGCGGGAAGAGUUUCAGACUUAAAGCAAACUAUAAUGAUCACAUGAGAAUCCACACUGGAGAGAAACAGUUCACAUGUGAUCAGUGUGAGAAGAGUUUCAUACAAAAAGGAAAGCUAAAUGAACACAUGAAAAUCCACACUGGAGAGAAGCCCUUCACAUGUGAACAGUGUGGGAAGAGUUUCAGAAAGUCAAGUGUUUUUAAAGUGCAUCAGCUAACCCAUUCUAGAGACAGAAUUUAUAAGUGUGACCACUGCAGUAAAAGGUUUUUUAGGGCAGAUUUCCUGAAGGACCACCUGACAGUGCAUACACAGGAGAGGCCUUAUGUAUGUUCUUUGUGUGCAAAGAGCUUUAGACAGAUGGGUACUUUAAAAACACAUCUGAAAAGACACAGCGGUGUGAAGGAUCAUAUUUGCUCUGAGUGUGGAAAGACCUUUUUUACAGUUCAUGCCCUGAAAAAGCACCAGAGCAUUCACACCGGAGAAAAACCUAGCCAGUGUUCACACUCUGACAAGACAUUCACAUGGCCAGAAUAUCUGAAAAUACAUGAGACCGUCCACGCUGAAGAGAAACCACACACAUGUUUUCAGUGCGGGAAGAAGUUCAGACUUAAAGGAUUUCUCUAUGAACACAUGAAAAUCCACACUGGAGCGAUGCCGUACUCAUGUGAUCAAUGCGAGAGGAAAUUCAGACAUAAAGGAAGCCUUAAUACACACAUGAGAAUCCACACUGGAGAGAAACCCUUCACAUGUGACCAGUGCGGGAAGAGUUUCAGACAUAAAGGAAAUUAUAAUGAUCACAUGAAAAUCCACUCUGGUGAGAAGCCACACAGUUGUGAUCAGUGCGGGAGGAGUUUUAUACAAAAAGAACACCUUAAAAACCACAUCAGGAUCCACACUGGAGAGAAGCCCUUCACAUGUGGACAGUGUGGAAAGGGUUUCACGAAAAAAGAACGCCUUAUAAAACACAUGAAAAUACAUUGAAGAGAAGCCUUUAACAUGUGAUCAGUGCGGUAAAAAUUUCGGACUCCUUUAUGAGCACAUGAAAAUCCACUCUGGAGAGAAGCCCUUCACAUGUGGACGGUGUGGAAAGUGUUUCAGAAAGUCAAGGGUUUUAAAAGAAGAUCUGCAUACUCAUUCUGGAGAAAGACUAUGUAACUGUGACCAGUGCAGUAAAACAUAUUUUAGGGCAUAUUCCCUGAAGGACCACCUGAAGGUGCAUACACGGGAGAGGAGUUAACACAGAAUCUUAUUGUUCAAAGAGUUCUAGACAGAUGGGUAUUUUUUUUAAAAACAUCUGAAAAGACAGCGCUGUGUGGAAGGGCUAUUUUGUUUUAGAGAGAGAGGGAUUCUGAGCCCGUAGCAGAUGUAUCAUAGAAUAUGCCACUGAUAUAAAAGUUUUUUUUACAGUACAUAUAACGCAGAUAAAAUGCAUGUAAAUGUUAUAAUUAGUUUGUCCAGUAGAGCGCGCUCAUUUGCUACUAGAGACCCGGAUGAGAUUAUUUAAAGCUUAAGUCUAUGGAAUACCAUUGAAACUUUACAUGGCCAUAUCUCUGUAACAUCGUGGCAAAUCUGCACCAAAUUCGGGCAUCCCUUCAGCUCAGGGAACCCUCUUGAAUGCUGAAUCUAGUGUAUGUCUAGAAGUCCUCUUUCCAAUGAGACCCACCCCCAUGUCGAUAGCCCUCGGGGUUCGGGAGUUACGGAUGCCUAAAUUUGUGGUCUGGCGCUGACCAAUCUAGUGAUCCCGGGGGGCUACUGACAAAUGGAGGGUGGCAUUCGGGAGGGCUCCUUGAGCUGAAGGGAUCCCCCGAAUUUGGUGGAGAUCCGCCUGUGCGUCCAUAAGAUAUACUAGAUAUACUAGAUAUACUGACACUAGUCAACACUUUCACUUUAGAAGGUUUCUUGUUCAGGCAGCAUUCAUGCGUUGUCUUAUUUGACCUCAAGUGCGCUGCGAAGUGGACUUGACAUGAAAUUCCACAAUGAUUCUAGUUCAAAGGCAAUGUGCAUGUUACAUUAAAAUGGCAUUAAAGUGUGUUAGAUGUGAAUUUAAAUUGUAUUUAUUUUAGUGGUGGGCAUAGAUUAAUUUUUUUAAUCUAGAUUAAUCUCACUGUAAUCUUGGAAUUAAUCUAGAUUAAAAUGGCUCAUUUGAAUUCUGCCGAACGCAUUCAGAAUUAUGUGUGUUACCCAAAUAAAAUAAUGACUAAAAGUAACGUUAAGUCUUUGAGAAUGGGUUUCUUAAGACAAGUGGUGCAUUAGACCAGGGGCUCAUCUCCUGUUUCCAAAAUAUGGCUUCAUUUUAUGGCGCUAUUUCCCUGUCAAAUGUCGAGAGCGCUUUAUUGUAGCGUGAAUGUACAUUAAUAUAAUGCGUGAGCGCGAAUCUCUCUUCUUGCGUGCGGAUUAUAAUGUGCCCGAGCGUGAAUCUCUCUCCUCAAGCCCGGAAUAUCAUGUGCGGAGCGUGAAUCUCUCUGCUCGCGUGCGGGAACUGGGCGUGCGCUCUCAGAUACACGUUGCUCUCUCGCUCAGAGAAUAUGCCUGCACUUAAAACGUGUUCAGUGCAAUUGCGAAUGUCUCCUCUUCGCUUAAAAUAAGUAUGUAUGAACACGUUUUAAGUGCAAACGUGCGUAGAGAUUUGCGCAUUAUAUUAUUGUACUUUCGCGCUACAAUAAUGCGCUCUUGACAUAGGUAAAAGUCAUCAUAGCUUGCGUGGUAUAGACCCAGCUCCCAACCCAACUUUGAGAUUAGAUAAACGGCUAUAUUUUUUUUAUCGCCCGAUAAGAGUCUCACGUUAAUGCAGCACCUAACGCAGAUAACAGCCCACCAAUAAUUUAUUUACAGCGGUAUAUUAUCACACUUCACUCUUCUCCAGUAAGUUUCGUCUUGUGUGUGAAAAGAGUAGCACAAAUCUGUGAAUGUUCCGAAGUAAAAUAAACUUCAACUUAAUAAAGUUGAAUGGAAAUAAAGUUGAAUAAACUUCAACUUUACUGUUAAAUGCACUGAUGUCAGACUCAUUUUGGAUAGUAAAGUUUAUUGUUAAAUUGUUAAAUACUCUGUCUCCAUUACAUAUCUCGGUCACAUGAUAAGUGUUUGAUCACCACAUUUGAGUGAUCAUUGCAAGAAAUAUAAUCUGUUUAUGUUACUUUAUAUGUACUACCAGUCAAAUGUUUGAACACAUGAAUGGGAAUGUGUCCAAAAUUUUGACUGUCACAAGAAAUAUUGGCUGAUACGUCAAUAUCUUUACUUGUACUCCCUAAUAUUGUUUUCGGCCCCCAAAAACCCCAUAUCGGUCGGGCUGAAAAUGCAUGAGAGGAUCCCCAAGCGAUAUCACUGCCUUUCAUGUGGGAAGAGGUUCAACCAUUUAUCUGAUUUAAUCAUUUACAGGAAAAGAGUAUAUCUGAAAUCAGGAAGUAGUUCAUGUUCAGAUAAUGUACUUUCUAAACAAGACCCAACAAUAUUUUCGACCAAUAAAAGUUAUCUUCCAUAUGCCGCGUUUCCACCGAAAUUGCCCGGAACAUUUGUACCAGGAACUUUUUUUCCCAGGAACUUUUUUCCCCCCAGACCUGUUGCUUUCUGCGUUUCCACCACGGUGUAAAGUACCGGGUAGAUUAGGCAAAUAGACUGGUGACGUAGGUCUGCGCGCGUUUCUCAAUACAAAGUACCGCUGAUAAAAUUUUUUUUAAAAAAAGUACGCUGAUUUUGGACGUGCAUCCUCGGUAGUUGGUUCAGACUUUGUGCAUUCGUCUCAGGAGUGUGAUAUCCGCGACGACGCAAGUCCGGUAAAUCUAUAAACAGCAGCGUACUUGAUAACAUCAGUCAGCUGACCGUGGCUACUGCAAUUUUCCUUACUGUAUAUUUACAAUAAAACGAAAUAUGAUAUCAAAUACCGCUGCCUCCUUUCGUUUUCAUUUAAGCAUAAUAACAGCUGCAGAAAUGUACUUAGUUCAGGGAAAUGUGUAUAUGCAGCCAUUACAAUGAAACGAAAUAUUAUAUAGAUUUGCCUUUUUUAUUUUCAUUUUAACAUAUAGAUAAAUUGAAUACAGACCAAAGAAAACCUGUUAGAUUUACCCCGCAGCUGAAUUAUAUGUUAUGUUUAACCACUAAAGACACAUCAGAGCCAGCGGCACAUAUCAGAAGGUCUAUCCCAGGAGAAGCUGCUCUCUGUGGAUACAUGAGGACUGAGCUUCCGCUGAUCGAGUGGAGCUCACCGUCUACGAGAUCGGCGAAACACAUUUUUUAAAUAGGCAUGAUCUUUAUAAAUAAACCAUAGAUUUGAGUUUUAAACAACUACUUCUCGCCUGAAAUACUUUUAAAAUUACAUUUCAUGACACAAUAACAGUAAUAUUUGAAAAUUAUCCGAAUAAAUGGUGGUUGAAUUCAACCAAUGCUGCGUGAACUCAGAUUGCUUUGGCUACUGCAAUUUUCCCCUCAGUAUAUUUACAAUAAAACGAAAUAGGAUAUAAAAUACCACUGCCUCCUUUCAUUUUCAUUUAAACAUAAUAACAGCUGUAGAAAUGUACUUAGUUCAGGGAUUAUUGUAACGUUAUACAGCCAUUACAACGAAAGAAAUAUUAUAUAGACUUGCCUUUUUAUUUUCAUUUUAACAUAUAGAUAAAUUGAAUACAGACCAAAGAAAACCUGUUAGAUUUACCCCGCAGCUGAAUUAUAUUUUAUGUUUAACCACUAAAGACACAUCAGAGCCAGCGGCGCAUAUCAUAAGGUCUAUCCCAGGAGAGGCUGCUCUCUGCGGAUACAUGAGGACUGAGCUUCCGCUGAUCGAGUGGAGCUCACCGUCUACGAGAUCGGCGAAACACAUUUUUAAAUAGGCGCUGUCUUUAUAAAUAAACAACAGAUUUGAGUUUCAAACAACUACAUUCUCGCCUGAAAUACUUUUAAAAUUACAUUUCAUGACACAAUAACAGUAAUAUUUUGAAAAUGUUGAUCCGAAUAAAUGGUGGUUGAACUCAACCAAUGCUGCGUGAACUCAACCAAUCAGCAUGUUUAGCGCCAAAGUCCCGCCCCCGAAAGUUCCUGAACUUUAAAAAAGUACCACCUCGCCAGCAGGGACUUUCUGGGGGGCAUUUUUUUACCCGGAACUUUUAUUUAGUUCCUGGUUCCUGCGGUGGAAACACACCAAGUACCGGACCAAGUCCCUAGUUCCUGGGUAAAGUUCCUGCGGUGGAAACGCGGCUAUAUACAGUAAAUGAGAACAAAUAGACAGCAUCCAAAGAUGUCACGGUGAAGUGAGAUUUAAUCAUUGGUUAAACUGGUUAAACUUUUAUUGUGUGCCGAAUCUACAGAGGAAUGUGAUCAUGAUAGUUUUGCUCAUUGUUAUACUAUAUGUUAGUUUAGUUACACAAGUGUUGUGCUUCCCUAAUAAACUUUUGUAAGCCUAAGCAUUAAAAUUAAAUGUUUCUUCCCACAUCAUAUAUUUUCAAUUACCAUGCUCUUUUGAAGACUUGUUGUUCUACUUGUAUCAAAAAAGUAACUUUUAACAGUAAUUGGUAAUAUCUAAAAGUCUGUUUGAACUGCCUUACCAUGUUUACAUUUCUUGAUCGAGCUGUCAAAUAAAAAUAUUUCUCCCCACACGA